GCUCGAUCUCUUCGUCCUGUUCGAUCCUUUGUUGUCGAAUCUUUGUGCUCGAUCGAACCUGCGCUUCAAGUCUGGAUCUUGGAAGCUCGUUUGGAUCCCUCGCUCUUCGUGUUGGCUGCUGUCUCGUCGAGGAAAGCGAUUUCUGUUCUGAAAUCCAAAAAAAUCCAUCUUUUUCGAUGGUGGGUUAGGUUUCCGCUGUCAAUUUCUCGCGCCGAUCAAUCCCGUCAAUCAUCGACAGCCCCCUUCCAAGUUUCCACUUUUCGCGAGACAUUGGAGUUCGAGAUUUGCGCCUUCCUCUUGCUGCUCGACGCGAUCCGUUUCCGGCAUUGUUGUUGGCUCAAAUCCGGUCGCCUCUCUUUUCCCUAAUUUGCGCUGGAAGGCCCUGUUGAUGAAAUCCGUUCGGUGAAGGGCAUUUCCAUUAAUAGCCGCUCUGUGACCUUUAUGAACGUCGCCGCCCAUCUUCGCCGAAUCUGCUUCCUCCAAUCCUUCUCCGUGGUGCUCCUCUACUGGUUCUAUGUCUUCUCCUGAGCCAAAGAUUUGAUCUUGGUCGCUCGAUUUUCGAUAAAGGAAGAAUCCGCCUUUCAAGCCUCGCAGUCGCCGAUCGAAGCGGAAACGAGAUGUCCGGGUCGGAGAUGGAGGAGAGGCAGCGGAAGCGGAAGCUCUCGAACAGGGAAUCGGCGCGGAGAUCGCGGAUGAGGAAGCAGCAGCACCUGCAAGAUCUGGCGAACCAGGUGGCGCACCUGACGAAAGAUAACGCCGAUAUCGUGGCGCAGGUGGGGGCGCUGAGCCAGCAUCACCAGCGCCUGGAGGCGGAGAACUGCGAUCUCCGGGCGCAGGCGGAGAGGCUGGAGAGGAGGAUGCAGUCGCUCAGCGCGGUGCUCCGCCUGGCGGCAGAUCUCGGUGGCGUGGCCAUGGACGAACAGGGAAUGCUGCAGCGCCGCCGGGAGGCCUUCCCUUCAAUGGGUGACGAUGGGGGGUGGUUCGUGUAAGGAAUAGCUAGCAAUGAAACACGCACUUGGUUUAUGAUAGAAGCAAUUAAUUUCUAUUUAUAUCUCUUUUU